UUCAGGACCAGCUAAAGACACAGAAACAUUGGAACCCAAAGCUGAUGCCAUCUCAAGCAUGCCUCAAUACACAUGGGAUGAUUGUGCUUAUGAAGUUUUAAAACAAUUGAAUUUACUUGAGUAUCAUAACAGAACACUUUCACUACAGAAUGUUGUAGCAGUUAGUUCUAAAUCCCUGGAAGGAUGUGCACCUAAGUCAUUAGAAGAUCUUCCAUGGUAUUUUCUUUAUAAAGUAAUGAGGUCUGAUUCUAAUGCAGUCAAUAUAAAAUGUAGUUCUGAUGUUCUGCAGUCUGACAAUUCAGAUUCCGAAUCUGACACAGAUGAUGAUAUUAUGACUGGUACCCAUCCAUCAGUUACCUGGAUCCAUCCAUUAGAUUUAAUAGUCUCAGUGUUUCUCUGUUCAAAUCCUUUGUUACAAACGGAGCUCAUGGUAAAAAUGUCUGCAUGUCAGUUUGCAUUACCACUCUUACUACCCAAGUGGAAUAACAGUUGUACCUUCCUUCUGUGGGCAAUCCGUUCAAUUAUAAAGAAGUGGCGCCCCAAAGACACAGAAAACAAUACAUUUCUGGAAGAAAAUAUAGUUUCAUCGUGUAUUCCAGUUUUUUCAUUUUUAAGAGUAGGUAACAUCAGUGUGCCAAAAUCAAAAACAUUGAAUGACAUCCUUAGCAACAAACAGCAAUACCAGAAUAUCUUUAUCCAUCAUCAGAUGGAUUGUGCAAAUUUACAUCGGAAAAUUUCCAAUGGUCUUGGAGAGAUCACUUGGUACCUGCCAUAUGGCUCUGAAGACAUUGAUGUUUUUACACAGCCAUUUCAGAUAAUUAAUCUCAGAGGUGAUGGCUACUCAUUUCCUGCACAAGUACAAUUUUUAACAUUAAUAUCAUCAGCUGUCUUUCUGUUCCUUGAUGGUAUUACAGAAAAAAAACUUCAGUACCUAGAAAGCUUUACAAAAACCCACACACAGAUCUAUCUUAUAUUAACCUCAAAUUUUAAAUCACGAGGUGCAGAAAAAGAUUUACUAAAGUCAUUUACACAAAAGUUGAAGUUGAGCAAAAGACAUGUUAUCAUGAAGAGCUCAGAUAUAAAUGACUCUGACUUUACAAGAACACUUCGUUCUAAACUGCAGGCUGCUGUUGAUGGAUGUAAAGAUACAAAAGUACAAUGUUUAGAGGAGAUGGUUUCCACAGCACACCAGUGCAGCAUUGAAGUGGAUGAGGAUGAUGAACAAAUUAAAUGCACAAAGCACAUCUCUGAGCAGAUUAUUAGUCUAAUCAACAGUGAUGAUAUAGCACAAUUCAAGUGCCAGAAUUUUGCCUUUCAAGGUGAAACUUUCAAGAAAUUGUCAGAAAUUGAAAAGAAACAAAGUCGCCCCAAAAUAUGCCCACAGGAUUUGGAACUGUAUAUUUCUAGCCUUAACAAAGAAAAAAGACAAUUAAAACAGGAACUAUUAAAAAAUUGACUUCCAAAGGUUAUAAAAAGCUUUAUUCAUGAACUGACUCAUUUUUCUGGGGUUGAAAGAGAGCUUUUUCUUUGGUGGAUGAAGCAAAAGUUAGACUCCAAGUCUCAAACCAAAAUGUCUGCUUUAAGAUCGCAGUACAGAAAUGCAUAUGAAGAACUAAGCAAAACAAAAAUGCUAGAAGAAAGACAACAAAAACAGAAUGAACUCAAAAAUAUUAAUAAUAAACUCAGUACAUGCUCACUGGGGUUAGAGCAUUUCAUGCGUGAAUUGGGACAUAUUUAUGAAACUCUCAUAACUGAAAAGAUUAAAUCAUUUGAAGGAAUUCCCCAGAUUGACACAUUGCCUUCUGUAGCUGCAGAAUUAAUGUUAGAUGGUUUACCACUGGAACUUCUUAAUGGAGAUGCUGGGACCAUACCAGUAAACUGGAUUUCAGCAGUUCUAAAAAACAUUUCUAAGUCUGUGGCAGAAAAACAAAAACGCAUGUUUGUGCUCACAGUGUUGGGUGUACAAAGCACAGGAAAAUCAACGUUGCUAAACACGAUGUUUGGGCUGCAGUUUGCUGUCAGCAGUGGGAGGUGCACAAGAGGUGCAUUUAUGCAGCUGAUUGCAAUCACUGGCGACUUAAAAUCAGAGGUGGGUUAUGAUUUCCUAAUGGUUAUUGACACUGAAGGAUUAAAAGCUCCCGAAUUACUGAAUGUAGCUGAUAGUUAUGAACAUGACAAUGAAUUGGCAACACUUGUGAUUGGAUUAAGUGAUAUGACCUUAAUAAAUAUGUCCAUGGAACAUUCUGCAGAAAUGAAGGACGUACUGCAAAUUGUUCUGCAUGCCUUUAUCAGAAUGAGUGAAGUUGGAAUGAAGCCAUUUUGUGUCUUUGUCCAUCAGAAUACCGGUGACAUUGCUGCUCACGAUAAAAACCUGAUUGGUCACAAGCUGCUUAUAGACCAGUUAGAUGAGAUUACAAGAAUUGCAGCAAAAAUGGAAAAACGUGCUGACAAAUUUAAAAAAUUUUCUGAUAUUAUAGCAUUUGAACCUAGCACUUCCAAAGGAUACAUUGCAAGUCUGUGGCAUGGUUGUGGCCCCAUGGCAUCCGUUAGUACAGGAUAUAGUGCAAGUGUAUUUGAGCUUAAGAAGUUCAUAUUUAACACUAUCCAAACCUGUAAUAUGUACAAGUCAACAUUUUCUGACUUCUGUAAAAUGACUGAAAACAUAUGGAAUGCAGUAAAAAUGGAAAAUUUUUUAUUUAGCUUUAAAAACAGCUUGGUAGCAGAAGCCUACCAUCACCUUACACUAGCGUAUGCUGAAUGGGACUGGGAAAUGAGAAGGACUGUGCAGGAGUGGACAAUUCAAGCUGAAAAUAGAAUUGAAUCAUCUGAAACUGACAUUUGCAGAUCACUGAACACAGAACUCCAUACGCUGAUCGAAGAAAGAAAAGAUGUUGCACUUGGACAUCUGAAAAAGUAUUUUGCAGAUCACUAUGAAAAGGCGAAGCUCCUUGAGGAAUAUAGAGAAAAGUUUAUUAAAAGUAUUGAUUCUCUUAGUAAAGAGCUCUUAGAUUGUGCCAGAGGAAAAUGUCGGGAUACAAAACAAAGAAAAAAAUGCCUUGAAGGAAAUUAGUGUCUUAAUCAAAAUAUCAAAGAGAGACUUGAAAAAUGCAUUUCUAAACUUUUGGAAGAUUGCAAAAGAAACACAAGUACAUUAAAUGAUGAGCAGCUGUUACAACAUUUUAAUGAAAUGUGGGUAAAAGAAACUGCAUCUAUUCAACUUCCUCCACCCAAAGAUAUCAACAUAAAGGCAGAUAUGGAAAACAGUCUUAGGGAAAACAUGUCUGCUUGGGCACCUCUUGUAAAUAAAAAACUGAAACAAGACACAUCCACACGGAAGUGGAUUGGUGACCUUAAAUACAAAAUGGUAAGUGGGUUCAGUAAGUGUCUUAAUUAUGUUUCAAACCCAUCUGAUGCAGAAGAAGGCAAAAAGAAAGCUGACCUCAUACUGAAGAACUGCAUGGGGUUUGUUUGUGAAAUUGUAAAGAAAGAUACAGAUUAUGACCCCACUUACUGGUUUACAGUUUUACAUAAUGUGGAUAAAAAUAUAAAACAUCAUGAAACGGAAGGAUUUUCAUAUUCAAAUGAUUUUAUUGUGGAUCUGAAGUAUAAUAUAUGCUGUUUUGCAGUCCCUAAGUUUGAGAACAUGCAUAAAGCAUUUACUGAAAACAAUGACCCCGUGAAGCUACUUGCUAAAGAGAAAAAUAACUAUGUUCAACUGUUUAGGGCAUUGUAUAAAGCUACUGAUGCAAGUCAAACAAUGGCUGGAAUUUUUGCUAAAAGCUCCCUGAAACCUGCAAUUAUCACAGCAAUUGAGAAAAAACUAGGGCCUGAUGUUGUUAAUGACAUGAAAAACAACUAUCCUGGGGGGGAAUUUAAAACUAGAAUGAACUUUCAUGUAGCAAUUAUGUGUGACUUGCACAUUAAAGACAUAUUCGAGGAGUAUUUAAAGUAUAUUUGUGAUACUGUUUCAUAUGAGCGGGACUGGCUGCGUGAAAAAAUAAAUCAGCAUUGUGAAAAACAAUCCAGUGGUCACACUAGGCUGUUUGAUUUGGGCACAGAGAUUUUGCAUGAGUUAGUACACCUUCUGAGAAAAGAAAUAGCUCAUGCAAAAGUUAACUGCAAAACAGUGCAGGAAUUAUUCAAGAAUGUGAAGGAAAGAGUUCAAAAGGAUUUAGUUAUAACAUCAAAAGCAGAUACAUUUGCAUCUCAGACUAAUCUGCAGUGUUUUAUUAAAUACUUAAAGAGUGAUAUUGAUGACAUUGAAAAAGGCAUAGAAAAGGAAAUUGAAGAAUGGACAGCUGAUACAAAAAUAGAGUCACUGCCAUCAUCACCCACCAAACUGCUACAUGAAACAUUAGCGGGAUGUGGAAAUUACUGCUUCUGGUGUAGGGCCCCUUGUGAGUGCACUGAGCCUGGUCAUGAGACACACAGUACUAACUAUCAUAGACCAUGGGGGGUUACUGGUUAUAGGAAUGAAACUACACAGAAGUUAACAGCUGAAAUCUGUACAACACUUGUUGCAGGUGAUGGUACAUUUCGGAACAAAAGCACUAAGAAUGAAUAUUUUCUUGACAAGGAAUAUAAAUCUGUUAAUGAUUACUACAGGUCCUGGAUUAUCAUACCAGACACAAGUAUGAUGGGAUCUACUUACUGGAAAGCUGUAUUCUAUAAAUAUAACAAACAGUUUGCUGACCACUACAAAUGCCUACCUGGUGAAAUUCCAUCUGAAUGGGAUUUUAAAUGGGAAGAUGUGUGCAGAGAUAUUGAGAAUGCCUAUAAUAUAAAUAUAGACAGUUUACAGGCUAAUAAUAAUCAUGAAACUAGGACUUAAAGAAACGCUUAAGUAGAGUUGUGUGCUGUAUAAGACAGUUGUGAUAACUUGUUGGCAUUUAUGAAUAUAAAAUCAUUUGUACUUGUACAUUGAGUUAUAAAGAACAAGUUUUAUUCGUUAUUUUGGCUCUGUUUUAUACAUUAGUAUAACAGAACCUGUAAACUUGUUCAUCAUUUUGUAGGAAUUUGAACUGUGCAUAGAACAUUUGACAGUACAUUCAGAAUGUGCUGGUUUUGAAAACUAUUUUGAUUAAGAUGAACAUAGUACAUGUACUGAGAUAAACCAGAAACUGUUUCAGUCAGUAACUCUUAAUAUUGGUUAUAACGAUUAUUGCUACAGUAUUCAUAAUGCCUGAUAAUUAGAUGAAGGCAGAUGUCUGUCUUUGCAAAGUGCAUUGUUUAAUUUUUUAUUUCAAAUAAAGAAUUUUAUUAUUCAGGUUAUUCAGUUUUAAAAGCUUGUGGAUGAUGAUUUAUUUUUAACGUACAUGUACAUCUACUGUGAGGGUAUACUAGUAAUUGCUAGUUUCAGCCUUUUGCAGAAUUACUGUUCAAGCUAUUGCUAACUUUCAGAACUUAAGAUGUCUGCGGAGUGCAGCUGGCUACCGACGCCAAAGACAUCAGCAGAAUAUGCAGAGUGGAGCUGGUCUCCUACCCAUGCUGAUGACAUCAGUAGAAUAUGCAGAGUGGAGCUGGUCUCCUCCCCAUGCUGAUGACAUCAGUAGAAUAUGCAGAGUGGAGCUGGUCUCCUACCCAUGCUGAAUGGCACACACCAUCUUUAGAUCUUUUUACCACA